GCUAUUAACACUAUUUUACUUUAGUUAUAAAUUUUACAAAAACCGACAGACAAAGUUUUGCGACAUCCUAACGUGAUCAAACAUUUCAUCUCCAUCUUGGAAUUUACACGAGGUUUUAAGAAGAAACUUGUUUCUUGCCACUGAUUAAAUGCCUUUAUCUUGAACACCAUGCCAACAAAAAACCCUUUGCCUCCGAAAGAAAAUGCCCUGUUUAAACGCAUUUUAAAAUGUUACGAACAGAAACAGUACAGAAAUGGGUUGAAAUUUUCCAAACAGAUUUUGUCAAAUCCCAAAUUUGCAGAACAUGGAGAAACUUUGGCAAUGAAAGGGCUGACACUGAACUGCCUGGGUAAAAAAGACGAGGCCUAUGAGUACGUGAAACGGGGUCUUCGGAAUGACCUUCAGAGCCAUGUCUGUUGGCAUGUGUAUGGUCUGCUCCAGAGGUCAGACAGGAAAUAUGACGAGGCAAUCAAGUGCUACCGGAAUGCAUUGAAAUGGGACAAGGACAAUCUUCAAAUUCUGCGAGAUUUAUCCCUGUUGCAAGUACAAAUGCGAGACAUGGAAGGCUACAAGGAGACCCGAUACCAGUUGCUGGUGUUGCGGCCAGGUCAGCGUGCCUCCUGGAUUGGUUACGCCAUGUCCUUCCACCUACUCAAAGAGUACGACAUGGCUCUCAAGAUCAUCGAUUCCUUUGCCAAUACACAAACGCCGAAGCAGAUGGACUAUGAGCACAGUGAGCUGCUGCUGUACCAGAACACGGUACUGCGGGAGGCUGGCAAGCCUGAGGAGGCCCUACAACACCUCUCCAAGUACGAGGGCCAGAUCGUGGACAAGCUGGCACUGCAGGAGAUCAGGGGGGAGAUCCACCUGGAGAUGGGCAGACUGAGUGAGGCAGCUGAGAUAUACAGAGAUCUGAUCGACAGAAAUCCAGAGAACUGGGCCUACUACAAGGGCCUGGAAGAUUCAACAGCACCAGAAACUGAAGAGGCCCGGUGGAAACUGUACACAGACAUUGGAAAGAAGUUCCCAAGAGCUGAUGCACCAAAAAGAAUACCACUCUCCUUUGUAACUGGUGAUUUAUUCCGGCAGUUGGUUGACAAAUUUUUGCGAAGUGGUUUCCACAAAGGUGUCCCACCUUUAUUUAUUACACUAAGGACAGUUUAUAAUGACCCGAACAAGGUUGCAACUAUUCAAGAUUUGUGUCUUAGCUAUGUGGAAAGUUUGAAAGAGAAAGAACUAUUUAGUAAAACAGAUGCUGACUGUGAGAGAGAGCCCCCUACUGCCCUGUUGUGGGUGUACUACUACCUUGCUCAACAUUACGACCACCUGGGGGAGGAGCAGCAGGCCUUCAACUACAUUGACCUGGCCCUGCAGCACACACCUCUACUCAUAGAGCUCUACGUGCUCAAGGCGAAACUUUACAAGCAUGCGGGUGAUAUAGAUGAAGCAUAUCGACUGAUGGAUGAGGCCCAGUCUCUGGACACUGCCGACCGCUACAUCAACUCUAAAUGUGCCAAGUACAUGCUUCGAGCCAACCUACUGCAGGAGGCAGCUGAUAUGUGUUCCAAGUUCACCAGGGAGGGUGUGUCUGCUGUGGACAAUCUCAAUGAGAUGCAGUGCAUGUGGUUCCAGACAGAGUGUGCGGCUGCCUACCAGAGGCUCGGCAAGUGGGGCGAGGCACUCAAGAAAUGUCACGAAAUAGAUAGGCAUUUCACUGAGAUUGUUGAAGACCAGUUUGAUUUCCACACGUACUGCAUGAGGAAGAUGACCCUGCGGGCGUACGUGGGCCUCUUAAGACUGGAGGACGUCUUGCGGAGACAUCCCUUCUACUACAAGGCUGCCAAAAUUGCAAUAGAGAUUUACCUGCAUUUACACGAUCACCCUAUGUCAGAAUCUGACGCAGAUGACAAUGUUAAUGCAGAGACCAUGACGCCCAGUGAGCUGAAGAAGUGGAAGAACAAGCAGAGGAAGCAGGCAAUAAAGGCUGAGAAGGAGAAAGAGAAGCAGAAAGAGGCAGAGAAGAAGGAGCACCCGACGAACAAGAAACAGGCAGAGCAGGGGGACCAGGACGGGCCCAAAGAGGAGGAGCUGGUUCCUGAUAAACUGGCAAGGGUGAAAGAACCUUUAGAAGAAGCAAUCAAAUUCCUAACACCAUUGCAACAACUUGCACCAGAAAGAAUAGAAACCCAUUUAUAUGCUUAUGAAAUUUACUAUCGAAAAGACAAGCUGUUACUCAUGUUGCAAUCCCUGAAGCGUGGCUGCAAGGUGGACAAAGAUAAUCCUCAACUGCACGUGCUACUGCUGAGAUUCCACAAGAUAGUCAAUGAGCGUAGAGCGAGUGGAGAGUUGCCCGAGAGUGUGCGUGCCGUGCUGGACCAGGAGUGUGGCAAGCUGUACGGGGACAGGGAUGCCUCCACACUCAAUGAGGAAUUCCUAGCAAGGAACACAUCAUCAGUAUUACACAGGGCUGCUGCUGGCCGAAUGAUGGUAGAAUUGACUAAUGAUGCCCCAACCAAGGCCAAGGCUCUACAACUAGCAACUGCCAUCAACAGGCAACUGUCCGGAGUAACACCAAAGAACUGUCGAGAAGUGCUGGAAUUCAUGUGCCGGGGAGAUUUUGGGAGCUGCGAGGAAGAAGCCAAGACGUAUCAAGAGCAAUGCCAUAAACUGUUUCCGCAUGUACCAUCGUUCAAAGUGCCGAAACUAAAUGAUGAACCUGUAGUCACCAAUGGAAACCUCUCAUCUUAACAGCUGAUACUUCAUGUUCGUGUUAAUGAAGAUACCUUUGAACUCUAGGAUUUGUGUUACUUUUAGGAUAUGUGUACUUUUCCAAUUUGUAUUUUGUGUACAGUUUGAAAGUUUUAUAGGUAAGACUUCAUAUGUGUGCUUUUACAUUUACAAUACAAAAGCCAGUUCUUUUGGCAUAUUGAACAAAUAUCUGAUUAUAAUAAUAGUUAAUGACCAUGAAAGUGAAUGUGAAAAUUAAUAACCAACACAUGAGAAUGAUUAAAAAAAGUAUAAGCUAUUUUAAAAACACAUAGUGUGUGAAGGCUGGAAAUUAUUGUUCAGGAUGAAUUAUAUGUGUAAUAUAAGAGAACAAUUCAUGGAAAUGAUAGGAGCGUGCAAUUUAUUUUUUUUAGUUCCCUUAAACAUAAGCAUAUAUAAGCUUUCAAUUUUAAGUCUUGAGUUUGUGUGUGGUCCUGCUGUGCAAGUGUAGCUUCAGUCUUAAGAGGAUAUGGGCCAUGCUCUGUGAAAAUGGGGUUUAAUGCAUGUGCAUAAAGUGUCGUCCCAGAUUAGCUUAUGCAGUAUGCACAGGCUAAUCAGGGACAACACUUUCCUCAAACUAGAUUUUUUCUAAGAAGAGACUUUCUUUAAAUGAAAAUAUAAAAGUGGAAAGUGUUGUCCCUGAUUAGCCUGUGCGGACUGCACAGGCUAAUCUGGGACAAUACUUUACAUACAUGCAUUAAACCCCCAUUUCACAGAGCACAGUCCAUAUCUUAAACUGAACUGUGUCUCAUCUGUCUAGAACUGUGCAGUGAUUCUAUGUGCUCAUUUCACAGAAUGCAGAACAUUGAACAGAUCCAUUCACUAUUUAUAUCAUACCCAAACCCUUUGCUAUGCAGAUCAUGUUUGGUGGGGUGUUGUUGUAUUGUAUUAAUGCAUGGAAAACAUCCACAUCUUCAAGAUGUUGGUUUGAAUCAUACAGUACACAUGCACUAAGUGCAUGUAUGGAGUGCAGCUUGUUAUGACAUCCCUUUAACAUGUGUGUUUCAUUGUUUUAUAUUUUACUGAGACAGUGUUUGGAUUGGUGGCAGUUCUGAUGAAGAGUUUGUUACAAGUCCGUUCAGAGUUAGUCAUGAGUCCAUUCGGAGUUAGUUUUGCACAUCUUACAUAACAUAUUGUAUUUAAGUUUUCCUUUGCAUAAACUUAAAAGUCAACAUUAAGAUGGUAAGAGGAGCAAGUAACAAUUUAUGUUAAUAUCAUACAUAUUAUGUAGCAGUCUAAUAUUUAUUAAAAAUAACAUUUUGAAGAAAUUGCUUGUUAUGAACAUUGGCAUACAGAACUGCAAAACAUGCAAUAGGUAUACUUCAAAUGUUUUUGUAACUGUUUUAUGGUUUAUUUUCUGUAUGGGGCACCUUGUGAUGCUUCAAUAGUUCACCUGCAUGUGCAUUUAUUUCUCAUGCUUUAUAUUCUAUUUAUAGCAAGAUUUUUCAACGCUAAAUAGUAGUUAAGCCACUCAUACAUGUCAAUAAAUGGUUGAGUUUACCUAUCAUGUGAUUAUUAUGCCCCCCUUCGAAGAAGAGGGGGUAUAUUGCUUUGCUCAUGUCGGUCUGUUGGUCGGUCUGUCGGUCCGUCCACCAGGUGGUUGUCAUACGAUAACUCAAGAACGCUUGGGCCUAGGAUCAUGAAACUUCAUAGGUACAUUGAUCAUGACUCGCAGAUGACCCCUAUUGAUUUUGAGGUCACUAGUUUUUUCAGUGAUGCACAAAAUCACUGUGGACAAACAUUGAGAAGUCAGGGCUAUAGAUAUCUGUAUGUCAAUUAUAUGAUAGCAUCAUCUACUUGCAGUAUGAUGUAGAAGCUGUAAUAUGAUAGCAUCAUCUACUUGCAGUAUGAUGUAGAAGCUGUAAUAUGAUAGCAUCAUCUACUUGCAGUAUGAUGUAGAAGCUGUAAUAUGAUAGCAUCAUCUACUUGCAGUAUGAUGUAGAAGCUGUAAUAUGAUAGCAUCAUCUACUUGCAGUAUGAUGUAGAAGCUGUAAUAUGCUGGUUGCUACACCUUGGUUUUAAAUUACGCCUAUUGGUUGCAUCAGAAUUGUGUUCAUAACCAGUGAUUGGUCAUUACCAUUAUGCAAAUAUAUUCACAGUUCAAGACUUAUAAGUGUUCACCUUUCCUAAGAAUGAGCUGGAAAUAAUAGGCUGUUUUGUUGGCGUGAUUGUAUGGCAAAUUGUGUUUGAAAUUCUAUUUGAAACUUCAAGAUAAACAUUGUCUUACAGUGGGUUUUUUUCGCGAUAUUACACCAUCAAUUUUGUGCAUACCAAUUAAAAAACCUUCAUAUUCGAUUUGUCUACAUUUAAUUUAUUAUAAAUGGUGUUUGAUGAACAUUAAUGCAGCUUCAUUCUGUGUAUUUUGUCAGUUUUAUUUUGCAACCAGUACCUUACUAUGUUUGAUAUAUGUAUACUCAAAUGUAAGCAACAGUUUGAAUGAAGCAAAAUGAGUACAGAGAUUAAAAUAGAUAAUAUUUUCUUUUCACAGAUCACCUCUUUUUGGAUAACUGAAUUGUUUUAUUAACAUUUACAAGUUUCAAUUCAGCACUGAACAUUGAUAUUGUGAAUGAGUUUGUUCAUUUUUAUGCCCCCCUUCGAAGAAGAGGGGGUAUAUUGCUUUGCUCAUGUAGGUCUGUCGGUCCGUCCACCAGGUGGUUGUCAGAUGAUAACUCAAGAACGCUUGGGCCUAGGAUCAUGAAACUUCAUAGGUACUUUGAUCAUGACUCGCAGAUGACCCCUAUUGAUUUUGAGGUCACUAGGUCAAAGGUCAAGGUCACGGUGACCCGAAAUAGUAAAAUGGUUUCCGGAUGAUAACUCAAGAACGCAUACGCCUAGGAUCAUGAAACUUCAUGGGUAGAUUGAUCAUGACUUGCAAAUGACCCCUAUUGAUUUUGAGGUAACUAGGUCAAAGGUCAAGGUCACGGUGACCUGAAAAAGUAAAAUGGUUUCCGGAUGAUAACUCAAGAACGCAUACGCCUAGGAUCAUGAAACUUCAUGGGUAGAUUGAUCAUGACUCGCAGAUGACCACUAUUGAUUUUGAGGUCACUAGGUCAAAGGUCAAGGUCAUGGUGACCCGAAAUAGUAAAAUAGUUUAGUGAUGAUAACUCAAGAAUGCAUACGCCUAGGAUCAUGAAACUUCAUAGGUAGAUUGAUCAUGACUCGCAGAUGACCCCUAUUGAUUUUAAGGUCAAAGGUCAAGGUCACGGUGACCCGAAAUAGUAAAAUGAUUUUCAGAUGAUAACUCAAGAAUGCUUUUGCCUAGGAUCAUGACACUUCAUAGGUACAUUGAUCGUGGUUCGCAGAUGACCCCUAUUGAUUUUCAGGUCACUAGGUCAAAGGUCAAGGUCACAGUGACAAAAAUCGUAUUCACACAAUGGCUGCCACUACAACUGACAGCCCAUAUGGGGGGCAUGCAUGUUUUACAAACAGCCCUUGUUUUCUAUGGGAAGUAAAGUCUUGUUUGCUUGUAUAAAACUGUUUCACUUUCUUUUUGGAAUUAAGGAUGAAUGACAAUACAGUUAGUAAUACUUUUAAUUUAAUUCCUUGAGAUGUGUGUUCCUGCAUAAUGCCCUUUUUUUAUAAUUCCUUGACAAGAUAGAGGCCCAGUCCUCUUUACCACAAAGUUUACUUUCCUCGACAUUUAUGCAAAAAAAUCUUCUAUGAAGAAGCAUGUUUUAAAUAUAUCGACUGACUGAGAUAAUAACUACAAUUUUCAAUGAAGUAAAUAUUCUAGGUCAAUAUGGUUUUUAUAUAACAAUUUCUAACAUCCUCAGUAUCUCUAAACAUCAUAUCCAGGCUAACAAGUGGCCUUCUGUAAACAAAUGGGGCUCCAAUUAAAAAAAGUAGGACAAAUAAGGGAGUUUGCAACUUAAAAGUAGCGAUACUAGGGUAUUUUCUAACCUUUUCUCCAAUUAAAUUAUAUAACACGAGAGUCAUGAUGGCUCACAGUUCUCAAAGGAAUUCUGACAAAGAUGGAGAUCAAGCCUAUGUGACAUCUUUGAUAGUAAGGUAUCUAGUUAUAAUCUAAAUAAUACUUUUAUUUUUGCACAAGGGGUUUUGAGGGAUUCUUUUAUAAGCAUGGUUAAAAGUAAUAGGAUUUACAAUAGUAGGACAAAUUGUUGAACUGGAGAAAUAGAAGUGAAGUUUCUAUCAUUAACAAAGGGCUAAAUCUCCAGUGUGUAUACACACUUUGGCAUAUGUGUUAUUCCUGCUAAGAUAUGAUGUUCAUACGAGUUUAAAAUGCCCAUCUCUUUUUGUGCAGUAUGACUUCUUGAAAAACAUUGAAACGAGUGUUUUUUUAGAAAAGCUGGGGGAAAAAUAGGUCUUUGGUUCAAAAAGUAAGGAAAAGUCUCACAGCCCACUUGGCAGCCAGCAUACCCUGAAGUAACUAAUGUUUGUAGCCUACCUUACCAGAAAAAAAUUGUCCUUGAUAAAAAAAAAUUGCAUAUAGAUAAUGGAAGCACUGGUAUUUUUCAUGAUCUUCGACCUCCAGUUUACCAUUUCGGUUUCUAACAGUAGUAAUAUGUAAAUUUUAAAAAUGGAAAAGCUUGUAAUUGAUUGAUGAAUUGAUUGUGGUCUCUCUGGAAUUCGUAUGUGCUGUGUUUGUUUUGUAGAAAAUGAUGCUUUUACAGAAAACCUAUUUAUUGUUUUGAUACAAAAAUCAACUAAUAAACUUUUUGAAAAUCC